AUGAAUAAACUAAAUUCAAAUAGAUAGCCCUCUGAUACAAGAAAAGAUAUCAAAAUAAGGUCCAAGACCACAAACAGAAUAUAUAUUCCAGGGAUCUAGCAAUAAAAUUAAGUUUUAAUUGCUGGCAUUCAAGACUUGGAUUUGGAUAAAAUUCCUCCCCUUCUCACAAAAUCUCCUCCUGACAUAAACGAAUCCUAACAGAAGUCUCUAAUAAUCUCUCCUUCAAAGAUUUAAUUUGCAAAUACAAGAAGAGUGAUUGAAAGCAGCACUUAAAAUGAGAAGUUAGAUUUGGGAAUCAAAUUAGAUGUAAAUGAAAUUAAGCAGCCUGAAAUUCGUAAAAUUAGGCCAAAGGAUCAAAUCACUCUAAUUAGGCAAAAGGAAUCUCUUGAAUAAAUGGCUGUAAAUAAAUCGGAAUCACUCGACAUACCAAUUUCAGGAAAAAGCAGACAAUCAAAUAAAUAUUUCUAGUAGAGUCAGCCAAAUCAGACUCAAACGAAUUUCAAAUUAGCUAUAAACGAGCAGCAGAGAAAUGUGAAUAAUCUAUCAACCUUUGCCAAUAAAAACGGUUACGGAGUAAAAGUAGAAAUGAUAGAGGGACAUCCUUAGCAAAACAUUUUUAGAUUUGAGAAUUCUUCUAUAUUGAUAUCAAGUAAUUUUGACUCUGGAAACUUGGCAUUUUGUAACAGAUAUGAUCGAAGUAUUUUUUCCCUUGGAAUGUGUACUGACUCUCAGCCCUUCAAACAAGAUGGAUAGUAUAGAACAUGGUUUCACUUUAGGGUGACAGGUGUACCUCAAGGUGACAGUCUGACUUUUAAUAUAAAAUAAAUGAAUCAUUAAAGCAAAUUAUUUGCCAAUGGGAUGAAGCCAGUUUACAAGGUACAAAACUAGAUGAGAUAAUAUAGGCGUAUAGCAGGAGAUUUAACCUACAAUGAUAUUUUAGAUCAAGGUGAAAAAUUAAAUAGGCAGUUUAGAGCCAGCAGUGAAAUUUACUUCCAUAAAGAGUUAGUUGGUCUCAGCUUGGAAGGAAGAUAAAUGGAAAUGUAUACUAUAACAAUCCAUUCGUUUGUGUUCACAAAAAUCCAGUUUUAAGACCUCAUAGAUUUGAUUGAAAAACUGUUUUCUUAAGCGCUAGAGUACAUCCUGGUGAAGUCCCUUCUUCUCAUGUACUAAAUGGGAUAAUAGACUUUAUUCUUUAGGAAUCCUAACUUGCAUCCUACGAUAUUUGUUGCUAAACAGUUGAUUCUAUAAUAGCAUAAACUUGGGAACCUUAAAUUCUAUAUUGACCUUCAUGCUCAUGCAGUAAAGAAAGGUUGCUUUAUUUUUGGAAAUAAUCUCCAGAAUCAUGAGGAUCAACUGCUAAAUCAAAUAUAUCCCAAAUUGAUAUCAAUGAAUAGUUUAAACUUUGACUUUGUAGAAUGCUCUUUUAAUGAAAAGCUCAUGAAUGCUAAGGAUAAAAAUUAUGAUGGAGGUUUGAGCAGAGAAGGCUGCGCCAGAGUUAGUAUUUAUUAGGAGACUAAGCUAGUUCAUUGUUAUACUUUAGAAUGCAAUUAUCAAACAGGUAGAAGAGUCAACCACAUUGCUCCCAAAAUUGAUUUGAGAACGAAUUAAAAGCUAGCAGAUCCUCCUACACCAAAUUACACUUAAGAGAUAUUUGAAGAUGUUGGAGUCUCAGUUUGUGUAGCUUUUCUAGAUUAUAAAGAGAUUAAUCCGAUCUCGAGAAUUCGGCAAUCCGCCCAUAAAAACUUAGAUGUAAUAUAUUUUUCUAAACAUAUUAGGGGCUUAAAAAAGAACUCAUACCCUCUAUACUAGGGAACUAAAUCUUCAACCAUUAGAUUAGGAGGAAAUAAACUACCAAUUGAAUAAAAGACUUAUAAUAUUUUACAAUAGACCCCUAAAACAAUUGAAAGUUAGAAUGAAUAGCAACCAGUUAUGUCUUAGCCAUAACUUAAUUGGGGUCGAGAAGAAAUUUAAACCACUUAAAAUAAUGAUUUUAUACUCAGAGGUGGUAGAUAAAUGAACUAAAUAGAUUACAAGCAAAAGUACAAAAAAUUUAUGUUUCCUAAAGGCUUAAUUGGGCAGACUAGUGGAACUAGUAAGCAUUCAGCAUCAUAAUCAGAGAAUUUCAGCUUUAAGUAGCAAAAGUACCUCAUAAAACUCCUAGUAACAGGCAUAGUAGCCAUCCUAGUAUUAUACCAAUGGGAACUUAUAAACUCUUAGAAAUACUUUGACUUCGAAUGA